AGCAGAAGAAACCCCGGCAUUCUGGCUGUCCCUAUUUGCCAAAGCUGCAGCAUCCUCAGGCGCACCGCCACACUUGGUGUCCUCCCCUGCAGCAGCGGCCCCAGGCGCCCAUGGCUCCUGGCUAUCCUCUCCUGCAGCAGCAGCGGCCUCAGGCGCCCAAGGCUCCUGGCUAUCCCCUCCUGCAGCAGCAGCGGCCCCAGGCGGCCAAGGCUCCUGGCUAUCCUCUCCUGCAGCAGCAGCGGCCCCAGGCGGCCAAGGCUCCUGGCUAUCCUCUCCUGCAGCAGCAGCGGCCCCAGGCGCCCAUGGCACCUGGCUAUCCUCCCCUGCAGCAGCAGCAGCGGCCCCAGGCGCCCAUGGCUCCUGGCUAUCCUCCCCUGCAGCAGCAGCAGCAGCAGCAGCAGCGGCCCCAGGCGCCCAUGGCUCCUGGCUAUCCUCUCCUGCAGCAGCAGCAGCGGCCCCAGGCGCCCAUGGCUCCUGGCUAUCCUCUCCUGCAGCAGCAGCAGCAGCGGCCCCAGGCGCCCAUGGCUCCUGGCUAUCCUCUCCUGCAGCAGCAGCAGCAGCGGCCCCAGGCGCCCAUGGCUCCUGGCUAUCCUCUCCUGCAGCAGCAGCAGCAGCGGCCCCAGGCGCCCAUGGCUCCUGGCUAUCCUCUCCUGCAGCAGCAGCAGCAGCAGCGGCCCCAGGCGCCCAUGGCUCCUGGCUAUCCUCUCCUGCAGCGGCCCCAGGCGCCAAAGGCUCCUGGCUAUCCUCUCCUGCAACGGCGGAAGCAGCAAUGGCCCCUGGUGCCCCGGCCUCCUGGCUAUCCUCUCCUGCAGUGGCUGCUGCCGCUGCAGCAGCAGGCUAGCUACUUUCUGGCUCAGGUAGCCUAGCAGGCUGGCUAACCUACCCAACAGUAGCAGCCACAGGUGCAACCAACCGGUUGUUACUAUUGUGGCUGAAAUAAGUAAAGUUUGGAUGAUGGCCCCAAAAGCCACCUACCUGUCGGCUGUGCCCCAGUAGCUGCAGAUAUGGCAGGUGCCUCCACAGCCAUUCUACAAACAUGAACUAUACAAAUUUUCCCCAAGGAGCUCCACAAAUGGUAGUAACAUUGAGAAUUGAUAUGGUCUUCAAUCAAUUCCAGAGCAGCAAUGGGAAAGACAUCGCAACGCUGGAGGUUCUACAGACUCCUUCCAAUUGAGAGGUUUUAUUGACUUGUCAGAUUGUAAUAAACUCUGUAUCCUAUAA